AUGCCCCCGGCUGGAGAUGAAGUGAUUCGUUUGAGAAAUAGCAAGGAGGCCAGUGUCACCACACUCUGCCCUCCGGUACGUGAGAGGCUCCGCCUCUUAAAGGAAAACCUACCCUCGAAGUUGGCCGAGGAACGCUUGCAGGGCACGGCGCCUUUAAGGCCUGCCGCUGACACGUGUUUGAAGCGCCGGCGGAGCCCCGGAUGGUUGGGGGCGCGGGGAGUUGGGGGUAGAACGAGGGCGACAGUGGGCGGCAGCGACGGAGGACAGUUGGGGGGCCGCAGCGGCGGGAUGGGUCGCUGGUGUGCUGUGGUGCGGGGCCGUGGCCGCUGUCUCUUGCCUCCGGAGGUUGGGGCCAGGGGUCGGGUCGGUGUAGCCUCAGUCACUGCUGUGAGGGUGGGGGGCAGCGGUGGAGGGAGAGGGUUGUCUUGGCUACGGGGCCUGGGCCCUCGCUUCUUCCCCAGGCCGGGGGAGCGGGCGCUGGUGCCAAGUCUGAGGUGGGCGCCGAGGAUGCUGAGCUUGGUCCCGGUGAGGGCUGACGGGGGUGGGGGAGGAAGGGUGGAACAGGCCGCCCUCGCAGGUGUUCGGGUACGUGGCGCACACGCACCCACGGGGCUCCAGGAAUCAGCGUGUGCUGGGGUGCGUACGGGUCUCGGGCAGAGUCUACGUCAGGGGACAGUGACGACGGUCUGAGUCCCGUGUCCUUCCCUCCCCCGACCCCUCAGGCCCUGUGCAUGCGGGUAGGAUGCUCGGAUGGGCCGAAUGCCCGCGUACUCCCGUGAUGGGGGAGGGGAAUGUCUUCUUCGUUCCUGACUUGGGGUUCUGUAAAAGACUGUAUCUUCUGUAGGAGAACCUGGUGGGGUGCCAUUGCUGUCUCUCAGUGAGCCUUCUGGAGCCUGUGUUUCUGGCAGAUUCUCUUCGUCCUCCAAUCAAGACAAGUCCUAAA